CUGGGCGAUAUAUCGAUAUAAAAAAAUAUAUCGAUAUAUUUUUAGACGCGAUAUGGAAUUAGAGCAUAUCGCAUAUAUCGAUAUAGUUCAAAUUUGCGCUGCUCCCCGCGCCACCGCCCCUCCUCUUCGAUGGGGGGAGGGGGGAUGGGCAGGCACAGAGCCACUCUUCGACAAACAUGGAGGAAGCAGGUACGUCUGCGGAGCGCGCGGAGGAAUUGGUUAGUAAAAGAAAAAGCAGUGGCUCAGUAAUUUGGAGAUGGUUCGGAUUUAAAGUAUCAGAUGAGCAACAACAUCACGUUAUUUGUAGGGAGUGCAAUAAACAAGUUACAGCCAGGGGUGGAAGCACUACAAAUCUUUUUCACCACCUAAAACAGUGGCACAAACUGCAGUACGAAGAGUCUUUGAAACUGCGCGCUGCAGAAGCCACAGCCGCAAGCCAUCGACAACCCGAAAAAGCUCCAGCCCCAACACAAAGCUCACUGCAAACUUCAUUUUCCCGCAACGUGCCUUAUGAAAAGAAAAGUGUCAAGUGGUGUACUAUAACUAAAGCGGUGUCCUAUCACAUUGCUAAAGAUAUGGUCCCCAUUGCAACUGUGGAACAAGUCGGAUUCCAAAACCUACUGAAAACUAUGGACCCGAGAUAUGAGCUUCCCAGUCGCAACUACUUUGCACGAGAAGCACUGCCACAAAUGUACACUGAACUCAGACAGCGCCUUGCUGACCAGCUCGCUAACGUGACCCAUUUUGCGUUGACCAGCGAUAUGUGGUCGAGCAGGACGUGUGAGCCUUACAUGAGCGUGACAGUUCACUUCAUUCAAGACUGGGAGAUGAAAACAGCGUGUCUGCAAACAAGUUAUUUCCCCCAGGAUCACACCGGUGAGCACAUAGCUGAGGCCCUGCAGGACGCAAUUGCAAGUUGGAAACUCCAAGAAAAGUAUCUGGUUGCUAUAACAACCGACAACGGGAGCAACAUCGUCAAAGCGGUUGAGCUGAACGAGUGGAUGAGGAUGCAGUGCUUCGGUCACAGACUGCACUUGGCUAUUGGUGAGUGCAGUGUUGUAAGGAGUAUUCAGAUAUUUUACUUUAAUCAAAAACAUUAAAAUGUUAGUUUUUUUCUCUGGAUUGAAAAUAGCAAACUGCAAAGUAACUAGAAACUAAUGUUGACACAUGACACAUGGACACAUGGAGUUUUUAGUGGAGUAGAAAUAUGAAGUAGCAUUAAAAAAUAGCAUACAUAUUAAAUACUAAGAACAACGACAAGAACGGAACACGAGUAAAUGUACAUACAGUAUAGUCAUCAUUUAUAAAUUAUACAAAAAUAAUAAUACAUAAAAAUCACUUACAUGAUUAAAAUUCAGAAAAAAAAUAUAAUAUUUGAUAUUUAUGAUUAGUACUGGUGUUGAUUAAAAAAAUAAACUAUGAAAGAGAAAAUGUAUCCUUUAUUUAGCCAGGAAAAAAUCCCAUAUAAUAAUCUCUUCUUCCAGGGAGACCUGGUAAAAAAACGGCAGCACACAUAGUUUCAGAAAAAUAAAUAAUUUAAACACAAACAAUCCAACAAUAAAAUAAAUAUUAAUAUAAUAUAAUAUUAAUGUAGAAUAUUUCUAAAGUUUGAUUUUGGAUUAGUUGUAUGAAUGUGUUAAAGUGAACCCUGAGUCAAAUUUCUUGCAUAAGCACAUUUGUUUAAUAGUUUUUUAUGAUUCUGACAGGA